GACGCGUGCGCAGACAGCGAAAAGAGAAGAAAGGGAGAGAGAAGGUGUGCUGUUUGAGAGUGUGAGAAGGGGAAAGAGGAGUGUUCGUCCAAACGUAAGGAGAGAGCGGACCCCUCUUGAGACUUCUAUUAACACCCCUUCCUUCGGCAUGGCGAACAUCACGUCUGCCCAAUGGCAGGCCAUGCUGGAUACAGCGGACGAGAGCCAGAAACCAUUCUUUCAAAAACUGUAUGAUGAUGCCGUGCAGAGGGAAAGGGAGGCAGCGGCAGCAGCUAGAGCCGCCGACAUUGUUGAUCAGGUGGCUCUCCUUCGGAUCCCGGAAGCCAAUGCUGACCGGUUCCAGGAGGAACUAGCUGCUGCUGUAGCAGCCCUGGUCCGACUGCGGACCUUGGAAAACCUUGAGUCUCGUAUGACAGCGCUUGAGCAGCGGAACGAAGAGCUCCAGGCUAAAGUAAUUAGCCUUGAACAGUCCCAAUUGUCUGCCUCCCGCCCUCCUAACCCUCGAUCUGCUAUAAUCCCAACCUCUCAAGCCAACACAGCCCUCGUGACAAGGGCGAGCGGAACUGUGGCAAGCGCAGGAACCGGCGCCAGCUCCUCGAGCAGCAGCACCGACAGUUUUGCGCUGGUCACGGUCCGGAAUGCAGGGACUUCAGCCCAAAACGCCACAGUCCUUACUGGCGUUCAGUACAACGAUCCCAUGGUGGACAAGCGGGCGGCCACGCUGCCGUCCAAGUACGACGGGAAGGCAGACAUCACCUCUUGGAUUAGUUCCAUGCGGUCGUACUUCGAGGUCAUGCGGACACCGCAAGAGGACCGAAGUAUGAUCAUGGGAACUAAUACCGAGCCUGCCGUACGAAACCACAUUGAGCUCCAAGUUGUUGCUGCAGGCUAUGCACGCAUAGACCUGACUGAUUGGCUGAAGGUCACCCCUGUCCGCGUUCUUGAGGAUCUUCUCCUUGACCGGUACCAGGAUAAACAUGCUGCGCUCAAGGCUAGGCUGAAGCUUGAGGCCCUCAAGGGCCAAACAUGGAGGUCAUCCAUGCAGGCUUUGGAACAACACUUGAUUAGUCUGUUCACCACUCCGGAUCUGGGAAUGACUGACGUAUCUUGUAUGGAUGUAGUCAUGGGAGUGGCCCCUAAAGAUUACCUCUCCCAGCUAGCACUCAAGGACCAUGCCACCUGGCGAGAGCUCAUGAAGGACCUAGUCGACCUAGAGGCUAAGGACCUCGCCAGGCGCAAGAAGGCGCCCGCUGCAGGUGGGAAACCACAACGCAAGAGGUUUGGAAGCAGCAACCAGCUUGCAGUGCAUGAUCAUCGGGAGGCUGACAAUCAGUCCUAUGCGGAUGAUCUGUCUCUAGAUGACGAUCUAGAGCCGGCCUCCGAUACGGGCUGUUCCACAUCAGCCAUUGAGUGUGACAGAAAUGAUGAUGAGAAACUUAAUGCAUUUAGAAAGACUGCUUCAAAUAAGGGGCCUAACCGUGGUUCAGUCCAAGUAUUGUACACUGAGCCUUGGGAGGAGUCUAAAGAGGUCGACCUCCACGCCCACAUGAAGCAUUGGCUGCAGCUCAAGCAGCAACGCCGUGUUCAAGGGAGCAUGGAGCUGAUUUUCUUUAAACUACUCAUUAACCGCCGAUACAUCCGUGUGCUGAUUGACAGUGGUUCGACCACUAAUUUCUUCUCUCUGAACGAGAUUCGUAAGGCAGGCCUGGGUAUGAAGCAAGUGGAACUGCAGAACCCUUGCCGGACUCAGGUGGGCAACCAAGAGGUUGCCCUUUCCACUCAUGCUCUCAAAGGUGUGCACAUCACCUUUGACAAAGAUCGCACUGUCACACAUGAGCUGAAUUUUUACGUCCUGGACAGGUGUCCUUUCGACGCGGUCAUUGGCUUGGGCUGGCUAAAGGCUCAUUGCCUAAGGACCACGUGGGCGGACAACCAGUUUGUGGUACUUGACGCCAAGGGGAACGAGCGUACCGUCUUGUUAGAUGAGACGCGCGAGUCCCCUGUGACUCUUCUCAGUGCUAACAAAUUCUGCAUGUGCAGGCGCAAGGAAGCGGAGUUUGUACAUGUAGCUCUUGUAAAGCCUCUCCAUGUGCCUUCUACUUUUGCUGCAUUUUCUACAUCGGUAAGUAACUCUACUUCUAAUCCAUCUACUUCUACUGUGAAUAAUCCUUCUACUUCUAAUCCGGUUGUAAUUGCUGUAAAUUCUCAGUCUAAUUUCCUUUCUCGUGAUGAGGAUGAUCCUCCACCGGAAGUCCCGACAAACAUUCGCCAACUAUUAGAUCGAUUCCCUGAAGUUCUGGCCGAACCUCGUGAAGUUCCCGAGCGUCCGGUCAAACACAAAAUCGAGAUAAUAGAGGGGAGUGUUCCUCCAAAGGGUUGCGUCUACCGUAUGGGACAAGGCGAGUUGGAGGAGUUGAGACGGCAGAUUGAUGAUAUGAUUAACCAUGGAUGGAUUAGACCUAGCGAGUCGAAAUUUGGCGCACUUGUCUUGUUUGUGCCAAAGAAAGGAGGCAAACUCCGAAUGUGCAUUGAUUAUCGUCGCUUGAACCGGAUCACCAGGAAGAAUGCCUACCCUUUGCCUCGUAUAGAUGAUCUGUUGGAUGCGGCCGGUGGUUGCAAAGUCUUCUCCAAGAUCGACCUCAAGUCUGGCUACCACCAGAUUGAAGUUGAUCCGAGUGACCAGCACAAGACUGCAUUCAAGACACGCGAUGGGCUGUACGAGUUCAUCAUUAUGCCCUUCGGUCUUACGAAUGCACCGGCCACCUUUCAGUGCCUCAUGGACAAGGUACUUUGCCAUCAACUCAACAGGAUUGUGGUUGUGUACCUUGAUGAUAUCUUGAUCUUCAGCAAAACCAUGGAGGAGCACCUCAAGCACCUUGAGGAAGUUUUGCAGGUCCUCAAGGAGGCGCAGAUGCACCUCAACUUGGAGAAAUCUGAGUUUGGGAGGGACAGCGUCAUCUAUCUUGGGCAUCGGUUGUCUGCAAACGGCCUUGAGCCGGAGGCAACCAAGGUUGAGGUCAUCCGAAAUUGGCCUCAACCGGCAAACGUACGCAAACUGCGUUCUUUCCUUGGUCUGGCCUCAUAUUACCGAAAGUUUGUGCCCAAAUUCUUUGUCAUUGCUCACCCUCUCUCAAGACUAACCAGCAAGAAUGUUGCCUAUGCAUGGUGUGAGAAGUGUGAGACUGCGUUCCAAGCCUUGAAAGAGGCAUUGGUGAGUGAGCUUUACGCCCUGCGCGAAGCCCUCGCACAUUGGAAACACUACCUCUUGGGUCGCCACUUCAAGGUCUAUAUUGAUCAUCAGACCUUGCAGUGGAUUCAGACACAAUCUGAACUCUCUCCUACAUUGACCCGCUGGUUGCAUGACAUUGAUGUUUACAGUUUUGAGUUGAAACAUAAGAAAGGCUGUUAUAACCGGGUUGCUGAUGCAUUGUCCCGCCAUCCUGAAUUCUUGACUUGCCUUGUGGGUUCAUACGACCUCCGAAGGAAACUAAAGGAGGAUCUGGUUGAACACACCGCCAAGGAUCCGGACCUCAAUCCCAUCCUUGAGCAGCUCAAGGCUGACCCCAACAGUCAGCCUGAUUUUCACGAAUGCGAGGGUCUUGUCUUUCGUCGGUACGGAAAGUUUGAUCGUUUAUGUGUUCCCAACCAUGCGCCUCUCCGGACUCACUACUUGGAUUUGGCACAUGGUCGGAGUGGACACUUCGGCUUCGAAAAGACAUAUGGGAGUCUUUUGCAGCAGUUUGAUUGGCCAGGAAUGAAGGGAUCUGCUCAGAGAUUCAUCGCUGAGUGUCAAGUCUGUCAAAGAACAAAAGUCCAUAGGCAUAAGCCUUACGGCCUGCUGAGACCCCUACCAAUUCCUGAUGGUCCCGGGGAAUCGGUCUCUAUCGAUUUCACGGACAUGGGAAAGGUGAGUGCAGCAGGGAAUUCACAAGUUAUGGUGAUUGUGGAUCGCUUCUCUAAAUUUUUGAACUUGAUCCCUCUACCUCCUCAUGCACCGACUGAGCUAGUAAUUGAAGAAUUUCACCAACAGUACAUUCUGCAGUAUGGACCCCCGAAAAUUCUUCUGAGUGAUCGGGAUACCAGAUUCAUCAGCGCCGAUUGGAAGGACUUCACGUCGCAGAUCUAUGACAUUAAAUUGAACAAGACUUCUGGUCGACACCCCGAAGCCAAUGGAUUGGCUGAGGAGGUCAACCAGACUAUCAUCCGACUACUCCGCGCAUUGAUUGUUCCAAAUCAGAACACGUGGGAUAAAGAGCUACACAAGGUAAAGGGACUGUAUAACAAUUCCAUUCACUCUGCAACUGGCGUGACAGCAAACCAGCUGCAGUAUGGAUGGCCGAUGCGCAAUCCCCUCUCCUAUCUGUUCCCAGAACGGUCACCUGGUCUGAUGCCCGGCAUGCCUGGCUACAAUGCCAAGUACGCACGCUUGCUCAAAGCUGCUACUGCAUCCAUGAACAAGCGUCAGCAUGCCAUGAUCAAACAUGCUAACAAGCUGCACAAGGAAGAAAAGUUCAAAGUUGGGGAUUAUGUUUGGGUCAAAAUGACUGAGUUUUCUGAUGAAGAGGGCGUGUCACGAAAGCUUCUUCCACGUACUACGGCCCUUGGCAGAUCCUGAAGGUGAUUGGGGAUGAUUUCGGUCCUUCGUAUGUGAUUGACGUGCCUCCUCAUCUGCGCACGUAUCCAGUYUUCCAUGCCUCCAAAUUGUUCCCACACAUUGAUGAUGAGACCUUUCCMUUYCGAGACCCUAUGAUACCUCGCCCUAUUGACGRC